CCGAUCUGUUCGGCACAGUUCGGCAUAGAUUAGUGGCUCGUCCUCACCCAAUCGACAUUGCAAGCUGGUGUGUUCACAGUAGGUUGGGAUUAAACAGUCCUUCUACUGAAGAUUCUUUUUUCUCUUUCGAGAAUCCCUUCCUUGUCUUUGUGUUACCGUUUUGAGGAUUACUGGUGUGGUCAAAAUCGCACAGCAGCGCAUAUUUUCGUACGACUGGCCAUUCCCCGAUUGACACCUACCUGUGUAUUACCAGUUUCCAGCCAACCGGAUUCGUCUCGACUUGAGUCUUGGAACAGUCAAGAUGCCGUUCCCGCCCUCGCAACCAGAGGAUUCGCACGACAUCAGACCCAUCAUCUCCAAGAAACAUGAGAUUGUCCUCUUCAGCAGCACAGCCAUCGCGCUGUACGGCUAUGACCAAGGCAUGAUGUCGCUCGUCAACACGAACCGGUCCUACUUGCGCACCAUGCAGAUCGCUGAGACGUCGCCCAUGGUCGGCAUUAUUGUCUCCAUCUACUACCUGGGCUGCACCGUUGGAGCCGUCGUGGCCUCGUUUUGGGCCGACAAAAAAGGCCGUAAACCUUCCAUCUUUGCCUGUCUAGCUACAUGCAUGGUUGGCAAUAUCCUGAUGUUUGUUGCUGGACUCUCGACCAAUGGCUCCGAUACAUGGGGUGGCGCAGCAUUGGCUUUCAUGCUGGCUGGGCGCGUCAUUCUAGGUCUUGGGGUUGGGGGUAUCGAUGCCGUCAUUCCCAUCUACAGCUCGGAGCUAUCCAAAGACGAGGCGCGUGGUCGUGCACUAGCGCAAGAGUUCCAGAUGAACAUCUUUGGCUUGCUCAUGGCCUUUGCCAUCAACCUCGGUGUCACUAUUGCCCUCGGAAAAGACAAUCAGUGGGCCUGGCGCAUCCCCAUUGUGGUUAUGCAGAUCUUCCCCAUUUUACUCAUAUCCAUCAUGGGACGGCUUCCUGAGACGCCGCGCUGGCUUAUCAGAAAGGAGAGGAAAAGAGACGCAAGGAAGGCACUUGUGGCGUUGCAUGGCGAGAGUAAGGCUGAGGAUAUGCUGGAUGAGUUGCACAGAGCACAGGAGGAAGAGAGCGACGAGAAGAUCAGAUACAUGGACAUGUUGGUGCCAGGAGGGAGCCAGUUCCAUCCCAGCAUGGUCACCGUCAUGGGCCAGAUCAACCAGGCUUUGACGGGCUAUGGCGCUGUAUCUGUCUACGGACCGCAAAUUUUCGAGCUUCUCGGGUUUGGCGUGCGCGAGGCCGAAUACGUGACGCUGGGCAACUACAUCAGCUACUUUUUCAUGAUGACGGUGGCCUGGAUGUCGAUCGACGUCCUCGGCAGAAGGAAACUCAUGGUCUGGGGGUCUCUUGGAUUGGCAUCCUGCUUUGCGCUUCUGACCGUUUUUGGCGGACUGUCACUGGAUGUGCGCCGUGCGCCCGUACUGGUCGUCGAGAUCCUCGGGUCUGUCACGCUCUUCGUGGCCACAGCUAUCUUUGGUAUCUGCUGGCUCGCCACCGUCUGGUUGAUCCCGACUGAGAUCUACCCUUCUGGCGCGCGAGCACAGGGAAGCGCCAUCAGCGUCAUCAUCUGGGGCCUCGCCAAUUUCACCAUCACGCUCUUGACUCCCAUUGGAUUCAAUAACCUUAAAUACUGGCUCUUUCUCGUAUUUGCUGUUACUAACACCUUUGCUGGCUGGUGGACCUGGAGGUACUCGCCUGAAACAGGCGGCAGAAGCUUUGAAGAGAACCAAGAAUUCUUUCUGUCGGCUCAGGAUGAUAAGAGCUGGGUUGUGAAAAAAGUUGACGCCGGCAAAUUCUUGCGCAUGCCGCGCGAGGAGGAUGGCGAAGGGGGGAAAGCAACGUCGGAUGAGAAUGCUCCACUAUUAGCGUCAAACAGUUAGUCAACGAGUCAACGAGUCAGUCGGUCGAGUUCCCGAGCUGAGGUCAUGCACAGUCAUAUAAGGACGAUGCAUAAGAAUGUAUACAUAGCAAGUGCUGAAACAUCAGUUGACCCAGAGCCAACGGUCUAGAAUAAAGUUAUAAAUAGUUG